AUGUCUUUAAUUAUAAAGCACUUAUUUAUCCCAACUAAAUCCUUGUGCGCUAACUUCCAACAGCCUCUUGUAAGAAAUAUAACUAGGUACAGCACAAAAAGUCCGGUUAUAAGUUCCAAUAAUGUACUCAAUAGCUUGACUGAUUGGGAGACGUUAAAUAAGAAAAAGAAAGUCAGCAAGGCUAUGAAAGCGUACUUGGAGAGAGCCCAAGAACAUGACGAUUUCAUGAAAAGGCAACAAUUUGAAUAUAAUAUUGGAAAACGUCAUCUUGCAAACAUGAUGGGUGAAGAUCCUGAAACAUUUACACAGAAAGAUGUUGAUCGUGCUAUUGAAUAUCUAUUCCCGAGCGGUAUUUACGACCCUGCUGCACGACCCCUUAUGAAACCGCCUGAGGAAAUUUUCCCUGCACGCAAAGCUGCCGAAUUCGAUGAGGCAGGACGGCCUCAUCACUACUUAUUCUAUACAGGAAAACCAAAUUUUUUCAAAGUUAUGUUUGAUGCAGCUGAAAACAUACAGCUCUCUUACAUUUUUGAAGAUAAAGUCUUAAGGAAAAAAGCUACACCAGAUCCAGACGGCACUUUGAACUUAAGUUCCAGUGUUUGGCUUACGAAAGACCAAUUGGAACAAAUGUUGGUAGAAAAUAUAACUGAUUUGGAAUAUGACAACUUCAAGUUAGUUAUGGAGAGACUAGCUUCUUUGCCAUAUGCUUAUAGACAUAAGGAGUUCAUUGAAAAGUUUAGAAAAUCACUUGGGUCUCAACGUUUUGCCCUGGAAAUUCCUAAACCAAGCUAUGAUGAUAAUGGACGAGCAUUCAUCACAACUUAUGAAUGCUUGAGAAAGAAAGCCAGAGGUGAUGUCACAUUACGGUCCCCUGGGACUGGUAAAAUUACAAUUAAUGGAAAAGAUUUGACUUAUUUUGAUGAUAUACAGUCCAGGGAACAAGUAGUUUUCCCUCUAAUAUUUACUGGCAUGCAGGACAAAGUUGAUGUAGAAUGUAAUAUUGAAGGGGGAGGACCUUCAGGACAGGCAGGAGCUAUACGUUGGGGGAUAGCUUGGAGUCUGCGCAGUUUUGUUGAUACAGAUAUGUUACAGAGAAUGCAAGUAGCAGGUUUGUUAACAAGAGAUAACAGACGUCGUGAGCGCAAGAAACCUGGCCAACCUGGGGCUAGAAAGAAGGCUACAUGGAAGAAACGAUAA